AUGUCUACCACCUGUGCCACUGAUGACAAACCCAGUAUCCGUUCCAAAAAGCAACUAAAGAUGCAGGGAGGAGGGCAUCUGGAAGUCUUGAAGUAUGCACACAAAAAUGGCUGUCCAUGGGAUUCCCAAACGUGUUGUUUUGCUGCUGAAAAUGGUCAUUUGGAAAUACUGAUAUAUGCCCAUGAAAAUGGCUGUCCUUGGGACAAAUGGACUUGCAUCAAUGCUGCUAGCAAUGGACACCUGGAAAUCCUCAAAUAUGCCCAUGGAAAUGGAUGUCCCUGGGAUGAAAGCACAUGCCAUAAUGCUGCUAAUCAUGGCCAAUUGGAUUGCCUCAAAUAUGCACAUGAAAGUGGAUGUCCAUGGAACAAGAAAACAUGCGAAGGUGCUGCAAAAAAUGGCCAUUUUGAUGCUCUGAAAUAUGCCCAUGAAAAUGGCUGUGAAUGGGACAAAGAAACAUGCAAAUUUGCUGCUUACUACGGUCAUUUGGAUUGCCUCAAAUAUGCCCACGAAAAUGGUGGGCAAUGGGAUAAAUGGACAUGUCACGUAGCCGCUGAUAAUGGCCAAUUGGAAUGCCUGAAAUAUGCCCAUGAGAAUGGUUGUCCAUGGGACCAUGGCACAUGCUACUUUGCUGUGAUAUGUGGCCAUUUGGAAAUCAUCAAAUAUGCCCAUGAAAAUGGCUGUCCCUGGGAUGCAAAAAAUACGUGCACCUAUGCUGCUGAGAAUGGCCACAUGGAGGUGCUUCGGUAUGCCCAUGAAAAUGGCUGCACAUUGGGUUUUGAAACAUGUCACCAGGCUGCGCGGAAUGGGCAGUUAGAAUGCCUCAAAUAUGCGCAUGAAAAUGGUGGCCCUUGGGAUGAAGAUACGUGCGCUGUGGCUGCUGAGAAUGGCCACAUGGAGGUGCUUCGGUAUGCCCAUGAGAAUGGUUGUCAAUGGGAUGAACGGACAUGUCAAGGUGCUGCUGGAAGUGGCUUGGAUAUCCUGGCGUAUGCUCAUGAGAACGGCUGUCCAUGGGACGAAGGAACAUGUAGCCAAGCUGCUGCAGAAGGCCAUUUGGAAGUUUUGAUGUAUGCUCAUGAGAACGGCUGUCCAUGGGACGAGAGGACAUGCUCUGCGGCUGCUGAGUUUGGGCACUUGGAAGUCCUCAAGUAUGCCCAUGAAAACGGAUGUCCAUUGAACUUUCGCGAUUUGCUAGAGCAGUGUGAUUCACAGGUCGAGGCUUGGAUCGUCCAGCAAUGUCAGCCCUGA